CCUUCCCGGUUCCCGCUUCCCCCUUCCCGGUUUCCCCUUCCCGCGGGACCCCCCGGGCGGGGGGAACGAGCCCAUGGCCAGGAAGGAGCCGCUGCUCAGCGCCCUUAAAGGCAGCGUGCUGCAGCUGCGGGAGAGUGGGGGGCCCUGCACGGACACCUCGCCGCACCUCGCCUCCCUCUGCCAGCUGCUGGAGAGCAUCCUGCGCAAGGGGCUCCGACAGCCAGCCUGGGGCUUCAGGAGACGGGAUUACUGGCACUGGCUGGAGCAGCUUCCCACGGGGGACGGCGGCAGGCCGACCCCUCUCUCCAUCAGCAUCCGGAAGGCGGGCAGCUGCGGGAAGGCGCGGACAGCGCAGGGCCGCGGGCGGCACUUUCUGCGCUUGGCUUUGCAGGAGAAGGUGCUGGCGGCGGCCGUGCGGCAGCUGGCACAGACCCCCCAGCUCCUGGAGUUUUAUGACCCGGCGAGCUCCAUCCUCGGCAACGAAGACCUCCUGGAGCCUUUCCUCUCGCUGCUGCUGGUGGUGACAGAGAUGGAUUUCUCCCUGGACCUGCAGAAUUGCAGCUUCUUGGACGAAAGCUGGCUGCUGCCGGUGUGCAUCACUUACGAGACGGUCCCGUGCCGAGCGCUGGGCAUGGUGCUCAGGUACGUGGACGGCCGAGUCUUUGUCACCGAGGUGCUCCCCAAGAGUCAGGCGGAGGUGGACGAGGUGGUGCUGGCCGGCGACAUCCUCGACGAGAUCAACGGCUGCUCGCUGAGAAACGCCUACAGCGGGCAGGCCGGGGCUGUGCUGCAGAAGCUGAAGGGACAACCGCUCAGCUUCCGCCUGCUGCGGUGGCGGUGGCACGACGGGGGGGUCUACGAGCCGCUGCUGCCCUACCUGAAGGUCCUGAAGGAGAAGGAGCCCCAGUUCCAGCUCCAGCACGGCCCCCGGCGCAGGGGCUCGGGGGACCCGCGGAGGCUGCAGGGGGGCAGGCUGCUCUACAACCUGCAGUACCUGGGCCGGACCAGCGUCGGGAAGUAUGGUGGCAAAGAGGUGCUGGGCCAGGCCAUUCCCGCCGUGCUGGAGACACACUCGGCCGCGCGGGAGGUUUUAUUUGAUGUGAAGGAAGCAGAAGUCCUCGUGCAGGAGAAGACUUCUUCCAAGCUCCUGUGCCGCUACCCCUACCCCGCCAUCUCCUGCGUGGGACGCUGCGUGGACAGCAGCAAUUUAUUUGCCUUCUGCGUGGUCGCUUCCCCGGGGAGCCCCGACGGGAGCAUGUUCGACUGCCUGGUGUUUGCAUCGCGUUCCGAGCAGGAAUGUGAGGAAAUUGUCAGGAGGGUCGGUAAGGGAACGGUUUAUGUCUUCAGAUAUCAUCACAGGGAGAUCGUGGGAUACCGAGAAGUGCUAUUCUGGUCCACCGCAUGCAAAAUCUAACUUAAUUUCUUUUUGUUGAGGUUACGAAGAUUAAUAGAUACUUUGAUACACUUUGAUACGGUUUUUCUGGUGGGUUUGGGUUUUGUGUUGUGUGGGGGUUUUUGUUGUUUUGUUUUGUUUUUGUAAGAACUGCUAGACAAUCAUUUUAUUUUAAGAAACAGCUUCUAGGCAUUCCCAGAUGGUUCAUUGUUUCCACUAAGAACUUGGAGGAAGCAUUGUUUUCGAGGGAUGUUAUUUUAAAACAUAGUUUUCCUGCAGGAGCCCAGCCUGCUACUGCAGUUCAGCACCAAAUCAAGCAUUCACAAAUCCCAUCGCUUGGAAUUCUUAUUUUUAACCUUCCUCAGUGCAAAGCUGCAUAGUACUUCCCAAAUUCCACAGCUCCUGGGCCACCGAGGACCCUGUUUCUGUGGGGACAUCCCUGUCAGGUGUCCCCUGGACGGGCUGUACUCCCAGGACAGACCUGCCCAGGUGAUUUACUGGUGAUCACUCAGCAUCUGCUAAAGCUUGAGACAGCGCUUAACUUUGAUCCAGGCCUUUAAAAAGCAUGUACAUGUUUCCCUACACGUUUAGCAGUGAGGAAAAUACUUGUUUGCAACCUAACUUUGCACCAUUUUAGCACCUUUUCAGCAGCUCCGGGGCAGAUGCCGGUAUCUGCGUUUGUUGGAGCACCCUCGGAGCAGCGUAGGGCAGGGUGCUGAGGA